AUGAAAUUUUUAAAACAAAACGAUGCCGGCGCGCCGGCGUUUCCAAAUUUCAUAGUUCGAGGGAGAACUGGAGACGGACUUGACGAAGGAAGGAGUUAAGGGGGAAAGAGAGUAGGAAGGAGUCUUUCCAAUGGCGAUGGGUCGAGAUGACAGAGAGUCAGAGCUUGAGAGCGCCAUGUACACCAAUUGCCUGUUGCUGGGAUUAGAUCCUGCCAUCAUCGGCGUCGGUGGGGCUGAAUGGAAAAACGGGGUCGGCUAUUUCCGCCAUUCGAACCCUAGAUUGGGUGAGAAGCUCCUCUAUUUCCUCCUUUCAUCACUUAGAGGUCCCGCCCAAUCUGCCAAGGACUUCGAUAGGGUGUGGCCGAUCUCCGAUUCCUCCCAGUCCCGCGACUUCCGCAAGAUCGUGCAAGGUAUUAUAAGUGAAUUGGAAUCGAAAGGGGCNCUUCCGAGGAGUAGCGCGAGGGUUUCAUCAUUGGCUACUUGUUGUGGGCCGAGAUUUGUUGAGCUUUUGUGGCAACUUUCUGUGCAUGCUCUGAGGGAGGUUUACAAGCGGACAUUUUCGACUGAUGUAUCCUCUAAUCCACUUCCUGCUUCGCUCACAGACGUUUCUUAUCUGAAUGCUGCUUCACUGCUUCCAGUAACAAUGGCUAGGAUUGCUCUUGAGAGGAGGAAGUUUCUAAAAGAUGCAAAUCUUGCCGAUCAAAGGCAAACUAUGUGGUCAAACUUGGCUAAUGAAAUGACUGCUGAAUUUCGUGAACUAUGUGCAGAAGAGGCAUAUUUGAAGCAAGAAUUAGAAAAGCUGCAAGAGAUUAGAAAUAAAGCUAAGCUAGAAGGUGAAUUGUGGGAUGAUCGUAUCUCAAGUUCUACUGUUCAGAAUUCUCUGUUGAUUUCUAAAGCCACUCGCUUAUGGGAGUCUUUGUUAUCUCGCAAGAGCCAACAUGAAGUUCUUGCAUCAGGUCCUAUUGAAGAUCUGAUAACCCACCGUGAACAUAGGUAUCGAAUUUCUGGAUCAUCAUUGGCUGCUGCCAUGGAUUUAAGUUGCAAUAUUCCACAUUCAGAUUUGUUGGCUACUACUUGCACUGGAAAAAUGCUGCCAUCCCUUGAUACCAUUGAACAAAGUGAUUUACCUCAGUUCCAAGGGAACUCUCAAAUUCUUUCUAGAACAGAUGAUAGGGAUGGAAGAGUUAACCAUACUGUUGACGUAGCUGAAAUUCUUAGACGGUGGACUCACGCGUUACAACAUAUCCAUAAACAAUCACUGCAUAUGGCCAAAGCUAAUGAUGGGGAGGGUUCAGAAUUACUUCACUGUUUAUCUGAAAAUGGUUCUAAUGGUCAUACAGAAUCUUUGGCAGCAACACUUGCUGAACAUAAACAACAUUUAGUUAGUCUACAGGAGCUUGUGAAUCAACUGAAAGCAGCAGUACCAACAAUGCAGAAGUCAAUAAUGGAGCUCACAAAAGAAGUGAAUACUUUUUCUCCAAUUUCCAUUGAUGUAUGCCAAAAAAAAUCUAUUUCGCCUGUUGAGUCCCACAGUAAUGGAAGAACUGCAAACAUUGUACGCUCAUCACUAACGCAGGAGAAUACCACACAUGCAAUUGUUGAGAUGGCUUCUAACCUCUCCUCGAAAGCCUCUGACAAACCUGCUUUGAAACUUCCUCAUUUGUUUAAUCUAACUCCAAGUUGGUCAAGGAAGAGUAAUCACCUGGCAAACCAGCAGAAUUCUGUAAUUUCUCAGCCUGAGAAGCUAACAAGAUUGUCUAAAGAGACUUCAGUUCCUCCACUUUUUGGAGGUGAUGAUGCCAUUUUUACAGCAGAAGAUAGUGAUAUGUAUGCUCGGAAUCUCAGACUCGCUGUCCGCGAGGCUGCACUGUCAGGGCCAUCAAAUAAUUCUGAAAACAAAGGGGAUAAAAUAAACAAUGCUGGUUCGGAGCAUUUCUUUAUUCCCCUAUUGAUUGAUGUUCCUCAAGAGGAGGUUGGUGUGGUAGAUACUGGCAGAAAAGAACACCUUUUUUCUUCUUGUGAGAGUGAAGAAUCUUUGGAGCUAGUUUUAUCGCCUACAUAUUUGCAGGAUGAGCCAGUCUUUGAUGACUGCUAUGAAGAUUUGCUUGCUCCACUGUCAGAUACUGAUGCUGCCUUAAUGGAAACUUACACACUUGCUCCUAGUUAUGAAGAGUAUCAAUGAUGAGCUUGAAUUUCUUUUUCGUUUUUUUCCUUGUCCUAUGUAACUUUUCAUCUGAAUAUUGUCUUCCAGUGAUAUUUGAGCUCAUCAAAUCUGUGUGUAACUUUUCAUUGUGAUGUUGAAUUGAACGGUUGUUGACUUGUUGGUGUGUCUUGUGAGGAGGAAUUUUUUAGGAGUAGAUUUAUGCACCCAAGUCUACAUACAUUUUAUUGUAUCUUUUUAUAGUGUUCCAAAAUGGAAAAAAAUAAGCCCGUUGGCAUGAAUCCAUCUUAA